GAUUACCCUCCCGGUUAUUACACAUACAGAUACUGCUUUACUUGAAAACAACAACACUGUCGGAAAUUUCGGUGAUCUUUUGAUUCUGAAAAUCAAUCAAGAAGAUUGAUGAGAAAAUGACACAGCAAAACAAAGGACACGGUAGAGGGAAGCAGACAAAAAGUCAGCGACGAGAUGACCAAGAGAGGAAGCGAGAUGGGCGGGCUAUAAAGUCAGCCUAUAGAAAACAGAAGAAAGACCAGUCAUACUUAGCAGACGAUGAAAACUUUGCAGGGUUUGCAACACAGCUGCAGACAAUUGGUUUGCAACUACGCGAUAUUCCUGGAGAUGGUAAUUGUUUGUUUCGAGCUCUUGGUGAUCAGCUUGAAGGCCAUGGAAGAAACCAUUUACGUCAUAGAGACGACACAGUACAGUAUAUAAUAGAUCACAGGCAGCUGUUUGAACCAUUUGUGGAAGAUGAUGUACCCUUUGAUAGACAUGUGUGUAACCUGAGGAAGUCUGGGACGUAUGCUGGUAAUGAUGCCAUUGUAGCAUUUGCUAGGUUGAAGGAGCUUACUGUGGUCAUACAUCAGCUAAAUGCUCCAGUAUUUAAAGUCAGUGGAAAUGACAAGCCAGGAUCUCGUGAGCUGCAUAUUGCCUAUCACAAUGGCGACCAUUAUUCAAGUGUUCGAAAGCUAUGUGAUAACACUGGCGAAGCCACCAAUUUCAAAACUGCAUCGGCAGCAUAUAGUGGUAGUGCUGGUUGUCAAUAUUCAAAGAAAAAAUCCAAAACAAAAUCAGAUGCAUCAAGUGAUGGUGCCUGUGGAGGACCUUCCGAUCUAUGCAAUGGUGAAGUUGAUGAUGUUGAACUGAAUAUUAUGCAAAUUAUAGAACUAACUGGUUGCCAGGAUGUAAAUUUAGUGAGAGAAAGUUUACAGGAUCAUUUCUAUGAUGUUCCAGCCACAGUAGACUUUAUAAUGGCUCUGUUAGCAUCAACAGAUCACCAGCAAGAUGAUGCAUCAUUAUCUAAAAGUGAAAGUGGUGGAUUAUGGGAUGCUGAUGGAACAGGAUCAAGAAUAUUUGGGGAUGCCAGUCCCAGUGACAGUAGUAAAAAUAAACAAAACCCAAACAAAGGGAAAACACAAGGGAACACAGGAACUAAGGGCAGGAAGAAUGAACUUCGUCUAACCAAUGCCCAAAGGAAAAAACAAAACAGGAUGGAAAAAAAGGAAAGGCAAUCAGAGAGGCACAAGCAACGUCUACGAGGAGGAGCCAGUCAAGCCUCUCAGAAUACAGACGAUGAUGAUAAUGCACUGGUAGUAGAUGGCUUACAGUCACUUAGAAUAUAAACUGUGUGUGCAGUGGAGUAUCUAGGAGGGGGACUACCUUGAGGAUGAGGUGAUUUCUAACUACUAGAAUCAUUUGUCAUUUUAUUACUCAGCAAAUUUUAGUCAGAAAUAAGGUGAACUUAGAGGAAAAGCAUGCAUUUCCCACACCCUCUCUGAUAUGCCACUGUUUGUGUACCUGCACACAAUGCUUAUUUUGAUAGUUCUUGCCAAUAUACCAAAGACAUUUAAAGCUACUUGUAAGGAUUCUGGUCCCUGAAAUCCAGUAUCAGUAGAAUGCCUAACCUGUCCAGGGAUUUAAACUUUAACAGAAUACCUGUACCAGGGGAUCAAGCCCCAUGCAUGCCCAUGUACCUAGUGUUUUGAAAAUCAUCAUGAAUAACAGUUGCUCAAAUUAAUAUAUUUAUCUACUGUUGUCUAUAUGUAUAUAUGUAUACAAAUAUAUGAUUAUAAAUAUAUACUAUAUAAUAAAAUUUUAUAUGUAAAUUUA